AUGUCCUCCCGAAAACGAAAGUUCCAGGGACGACAGGAGUCCGAGGUAGAAGCUCCAGAACCGCCAAAGGAAAAAACCUUGCUGGAAAAGAUUCGCAAUUUGUGGGAAUUCAGCAACCUGUAUCAAUGGAUAUACACAUUUGGUGGAGCUGUAAAGCUAGAUGAGAAGUUCGAUAUUGAGGAUUUCGAGAUGGAAUGUUUGAAGCACAAUUCUACUCUGCUGCCAGAGAUUGGUUUGGCGAUCCUAAAAUAUGUCUCAUCACACAGGGGUCUCACACCUGAGUUAUUCAACGAGUACACCCGAAGACAGUAUAUGGCCAAAGCUCCAACACGAAAUCCCUUCGGUGAUGAAGAGGAACCUAAUAAAUUCAACGACUUCGAUAUCUUCACAAAGAUUCGAGUCCUACAACAACUCACCCAGUGGGCAUUUGUCAACCCAGACAAGAUCCGGGAGAAGAUGACAGAGCAAAAGGACACUGACCAAACCAAUUGGCGAAUCGAGCCUCUUGGAUGGGAUUCCGAUGAUCGAACUUACUUUAUCCUUGAUGACAACCGCCUGUAUCGUCGAACCGACCCUCCUCCACCUCCACCCCCGGCACCCAAACCUAAGAAGAAUUCCAAGAAAGCCAAAGCUGCCUCCCGUGCCAGCAAACGUAGAAAGGUCUCCGAACCUGCUGAGAGCGAAGUUGAGCCAGCAGAGGAUGAACACAACGAAGCACAAGCCGAUGCCGAGAAGGAAGACGACGGCUUCGGUGGCAUGACUUGGGAAUGCGUGGCAGUCACAGUUGAUGAGCUCACUACAUUCGUUGACUCUAUCCAGAAGAGUAAGGAUCCAAACGAGAAGACCCUACGAAACCGUAUUGUUGAAGAUGUUGUUCCGAUUUUGGAGAAGCAAGAGGACGAGCGUAAGCGUAAACAGGCACAGAAGGAACGCGAGCUUCUCAAUCUUGAAAAGCUCGCGACGGCGAAGCGUUCCAGCAGAAUAGCAGGGAAGCUAGAGCAACAAAAACAUGAACAGGAGAUCAAGGAGGCCGAACGUAAGAAAGAGGCUGAGCUUGCUAUGGCAAAGAAAGAACAAGAGAAAUGGCAGAAGCUGGAGAAGGAGAGGGAGUCCAGGAUGAUGACCCGAGAACAGCGCCUGAAGGAACGUGAGGCACGCCGUAUCCUUCACGAGGAAGAACUGGCCAAUCUCUCCGAAGACAGCAAGAAGAUUGAGACAGGCGAAGGACGACUCUCCGAAAGACAUCUGAAAGCAGAAAUUGAAAGAAAGAAGCAAGCCUUGAAGGAGCUGACCGAGGAGGAGGAUUGGGUUUUCGACUGCAUAUGCGGAGCCUACGGCCAGAUCGAUGAUGGAACUCACAGCAUUGCUUGUGACAAGUGCAAUGUAUGGCAGCACAGCAAAUGUGUCGGUGUCAGUGAAAGUGAGGCUGAUAAUGAAGACUUCCACUUCAUUUGCCAGACCUGCAAGCGUCGUGCGGAAGAUGCUGAACGAGCAAAGACACACCCGCCAAUCAAGAUCAAGAUCAACAGACCUGGAUCUUCUUCGUCA